AUGCAACAACCAACACUCGAAUCAGUACGAAUUCGAUCUACAAGAGAUGCACUACAGGUCUUUUACGGAGUCGCGACAAAUAAAAUUCCUCUCAUAACUCGUCGUUUGGAUGCGGAAGAGCGCAGAGCUAUAGUGGCGGGAAACGUUUACGUGUGGGAGGAACGGGGUGCCAAUACUGAGCCCAUAGGUAUUGGAAUGGAGCGAUGGACCGAUGGUAUGGGCUGGGGCCCAAGUCGUGUCAGAGAUGAUUUCUUAUUUUAUCACCAAAAAGAAUCAGACAUCGAGGAUGAUUCACUUAAUCCCAUAACGCCUUGGGCCCAAUUACUUAGAAGACGUGAACCCCCGUCCAGGCUUUCCACGUCGCCCAAUAUGGGGCACAUUGAAUCGGAGCGUCUAGUCAAACAAACUUACAGUGUCCAUGUAUCGCUACCAGCUGAUCGCACACGCGGCAUUGUCCGAAAGUGGCACCUCACUGCAUACUUCAGCCAGGAAAAGCUGAGUCAAUUAAGGACGAUUGACUCUGUUCGGGGAAUUGGAAAUGUCUCAGUACCCGAUGGCCUAUUUCGUAGCGCUCGAGCAAAUAAAGCUCGCCGUGACACUGGUGUCGAAGUGUCAUUACCUGGCACCUCCUUGUUAACAGAAACUGUCGUUCCAUCUGUGAUACUUCCCUUGAGCCCUCGAGAACAUUCGGGAGCAAUAACGCACUCUUCGUAUUCUCGAUCAUCAAUCAUUGCACCUAUUAAAACGACAAUGACACCUUCGACUUCGUCCAGUUCCUCAUCAAGCACCUCGAGUCCCGUAUUAAUACACACUCCGACUACGACACCACCCAAGCAAUUGGUACCUCUCCUUUAUCUCCAAAACAACACGUCCCCUCGACGUGAUCCUGCAGACGAGCAGCUUUUGCGACGCUUCAAUACCUUGAGUUCACGAGGUUCUCAUCAAAAAUAA